AUGGGGGCAUCAGCACAGGGGGCUCCAGCAGGGUGCGAGGACAGGGCUGUGCCUGCCGGAGGAGAGCUGCGGCUGCUGCCCAAGGGACCACUGCCAGCGUGGGAAGCGUUGGAAUGGAGAGUGGCACUGGAUUCAGGAACCCGGCUGGUCAUCAUGAGGGCUAGAAAGGAUAAAGUUCCAGUUUUCAAGGGUUCUUUUUCUGGGAGAAGCACCUUCUUCCCGGAGACCCUCUCCCUGAGCAUCAGCCCGGUCACCCAGGCAGACAGCGGCAACUACUCUGCAGAUUUUGAGACUGAAUCUGGCUUCGUUCCUCAUCAGCGGUUCUGCGUGUCGGUGUGGAAGCCCGUCAGCCGGCCAAACCUGCAGGUGCGCAUGCUGCAGCAGGAGCAGGGCUGGUGCAACAUCUCGCUGCUCUGCUCCGUGCCCGGUGCUGCCAACGUCUCCUACAGCUGGUCCCAUGAUGGGGCUCCCCUGGAGCACAGGAACGUGCUGUCGGUGCCUGGGGACUCGGAGCCCAGGACCUACGUCUGUAACGCGAGCAACCCGGUCAGCUGGAGCACGGCCAGCAUCGACACCGCGACGGUCUGCCUCCCUCCGGGCGCAGUGUCUUCCAUCCUGUGGUGGGCAGUGGCCGUGCCGCUGGUGCUGGCUGUCUCCAUCGUCGCCUUUGUCGCCUGCUGGUGCUGGAGGAAGCGACGGAAGGCCAGCUCGGCAGCUCCCCCAGAACACGUCGAGCCAUCGCUGACUGUCUAUGAGGAAGUGGGCAAAGUCCAAGCUGGCCAAGACCUUAACAGGAACAGGGAGGCCAAUGCAGUAGGAAACACUAUCUACGCCGUGGUCUCCACCAAAGCACAGGGGCCCAGAAGCUUUCAGGAGCCCCAAACCUGCACCAUCUACUCCACUAUUCAAGCUACCAAGAAGUACCCCCCGGUGCUCCUGAAAUGUCCUUUCUCUGCUCCGCAGUCCCCUUCCAUCAGGAGGAAGAAGCUGGAUCCAGCUCUGGUCUGCACUGCCUACACAGAGCCUACGGUGCCUUUGAAACACUGGAGUCCCCCACCGCGGGGCUUGUCCCUGUCUCCUAUGGACCACCACCUCUCCUAG